CAAGCAAGGGAGACAGAGAGAGAUCUGGAGAGAGAGAUCUGGAGAGAGCAAUAUAGACGGAGCGAGACAGACUUUUCUACAAACAACCGAUGUAAUUGGUACCUUUUGAAAUCUCUUGGAGCACAACUCUAAUCUGAGUGUAGGAGUCUCUGAUCACAUCUUUAACCAUAUUUCCUUUGAACUUCACACUGAUGGAAACUUCUUUGUACCUCACCCUCCUAAUCUCAGGAUUCUACACACCUUCCUCAUGUCUUCAUCAGUAUCACCUCAUUACCAACAAUAUGAACUGGACUGAUGCCCAGAGUUACUGCAGAGCACAUUACACUGAUCUGGCUACAGUAGAUGACAUGGAGGACCAGAACAGGCUGAUUACCAGUGUCAGUAGUUCUAAUUACUGGUUCUGGAUCGGACUGAAGAAGGGAGACUCCACGAAGUGGCACUGGUCUCUGGCAGACAGACGUUUCUACAGAGAGGGGGAGACUGAGUUCAGAAACUGGGACACUGGGACGCCCCAAAAUGGUAACUGUGUUUUAAUGAGUCCAGCUGGUCUGUGGAACAACGCCUCCUGUGAUGACCAGCAUCACUUCAUCUGUUAUGAUGGAAAACAAGACACCAACCUAACAUACGUCUUAAUUCAGGAGAACAGGACCUGGAUAUAUGCUCAGAGUUACUGCAGACAGCAUCACACAGACCUGGUCAGUGUGAGGAACCAGACUGAGAACACAGAGAUAAAGAAGAAGAUAUCACUGAGGGGACUUCCUGUGUGGAUCGGCCUGUUUCUAGACUCCUGGAGAUGGUCAGACCAUAGUGACUCCUCAUUCAGAAACUGGUGGACAGGACGGCCUUCAACAGAACAGAGAUACAACUGCACUCUGGUGUCUGAUAAUACUUAUUUUAAAUGGAUAAAUUAUCCCUGUGACUACAACUGUUCUUUCAUCUGCUAUGAGGCUCUUCAACUGAAGAGACAGGUGGUGAGAGUGAAGAUGACACAAAGGGAUCAACAUCUGAACCUCAGAGAUCCUGCUGUUCAGGACGCCAUCGUACAAGAGUUAAGGAACAAGCUGAAGGAGCAGGGUUUACCUGCAGACACCAAAGUGACAUGGAAAAAGCAACCUGAUGGGGAGGUAUUCCACAAGGAGGAAGAGGGGUCUCCCAAGAAAGAAGAGGAGGAGAAGAAGAUGAAGAAGAGUAUGAUGACAAAGAGAGAACUCUAAUUAUGUUUACAUUUUUCUUUUUAUUUACAUUAAUUAUCUGUACUGGUCCAGAUGGUCUCAGUUUCACUGAAACAGGUCUUUAUCUGAGAUACAGUUAAUUGUUUUAUCAUACAGAAUAUUGCUUUAUCAUAUAUUAAUUUUGUUUUAUUGUAUAUUAGUAUUGUUUUAUCAUAGGAUGUGAUCUUAAAUUACAAAUCUUUAACAUUGUUCAUUGUUUGAAUCUCUUUUGUUAGUUUAUAUAUUAGAACCUCGUUUCAACUGUAGACUUGAUGGUUCAUUUGGAAUA